CGGCAGUGGGAGAGGGUGGGAGUUUGCCACAGGUUUUUAUGGAAUUCCAGAGGGGAGAGCAUGAGCUUGUGAAGAAACUGGGAGGGAGAAAGGGAGAGCUGGACACUGAUGUGACUGAUGUGACUUCCUUCAGGUUCCCAGGAGGGUGGCCCUGCCGAGAACAAGAGACGAUGAGCCCCCCCAGAGCCAGGCGGGGCGACCAGCUGCUGUUCCUGGGCAUCAUGGUCCUCGCGGUUCUGGCUGUCUUCCUGCUGUUCUACGCUCUCCUCUGGCAGGCGGGUGACCUCAUCAACAUGCCCAACCUGAGAAUCGGCUUUUACAACUUCUGCCUGUGGAACGAGAGCGCAGGCCGCCUGCAGUGCCACCAGUUCCCUGAGCUGGAGUCCCUGGGGCUGCCUUGGGGUGCCCUGGCCCUGGCCAGGUUCGGCGUGUAUGGGGCCCUGGUCCUCACCCUCUUUGUCCCCCUGCCUCUGCUCCUGGCCCGCUGCCACAGGAGCGAGGGUGAGUGGCAUCUGGCAGUGUGCUUCCUGGCGAUGGCCUCCAUGCUGCUGGCCGGGGGCCUGGGCCUCUUCCUCACCUACACCUGGAAGUGGAUCACGAUCUCCCUCCUGGGGCCUGGAUUUCUAGCUCUGGCCGCUGCCCAGGCCUUGCUGGUCCUCUUGCUUAUGGCCACAGUCAUGUUCCCCCAAAAGGCAGAAGAUGACAAGAGCAAGUAGAAGAGACACUAGUCCUGUCCAAAGGCUCACAUGACUGCCAGGGCUGUUUGAAGGAGGCUCAGAUAGGUGCCAGAGGACUCAUGAGUUGUUUCCUCAGCCACCCUGCAUCGUAGCUGAUACUGAUCUCAAGCUUGAGCAGAUGGGCCCCACGGAAGAAGGGGCACCCACAUGAAGGAGGCCCCGGCAGUAAGGGUGACUGGGCCCUGCGGCUUCUUAGUGUUGGCUUGUCUAUCCUUUGGGACUGCUAACACCACGUAGCUCCUUGUCAUGAGAAUUCCUGCUAUAAUUAGCUGAUCUGAGCAAACCAUUCUUACUUCAUUCUCAGGAUGUUGGCCAGAGAAGGGUUCCUGUCCCAGGGCCAGAUUUCCAGGAUGAUUGGUCAAAGGCCAAACUGAGACCCCGGGAAGGUUCAUGGUGACAAAUGGGGAACACUGAGGCCACCUCAGUGUCCCCGGGGCCCUGGUUAGCAAGCUUCUUCCUUCCCCUUCCCUCCCCAAGACACCACUCCCAAAGGCACAGGAGAGAUCUCAGAGGAAGUCCCUGAAGUUCCCCUAAGGCUGAGGGACCCCAAGCCAGACACCAGGGGAGUGAGUUGGCACGACCUGGGAGUCCGGAA